UUCCACUGAGCCGCGCCGCUUAACAAAUGCCAUCACCAUUUCCCUGGGAUUGCCCCCACCUUCCCUUCCCACGGGCUGCCACUGCACAACUCACCCUGCUGUCUUUCUUCGAAAAACGAAAAGGUAUUACUCCCAUUGUGGAAAUGCACUUCAUGCCUGCCUGUCGCGUCUAUUGGGACACUUCAAGGCCCCGGGGCUGCAGCGGAGGCGAGCGCGGAGGGGGUCUGCGGCCCCCAGCCUGGACCCUGCGGCACCACCGUUUCGUGGCCGACAGCAAAGACAAGGAGCCGGAGGUCGUGUUCAUCGGAGAUUCCCUAGUGCAGCUGCUCCAUCAGUGUGAGCUGUGGCGACAGCUCUUCUCCCCCCUGCACGCACUCAACUUCGGGAUUGGGGGCGACGCCACCCACCACGUGCUGUGGCGCCUGGAGAAUGGCGAGCUGGAGCACAUCCGGCCCAAGAUCGUGGUGGUCUGGGUGGGCACCAACAACCACGGGCACACGGCGGAGCAGGUGGCCGGCGGCAUCCAGGCCAUCGUGCACCUGCUGAAUAAGAGGCAGCCUCAGGCCCGGGUCGUGGUGCUGGGCCUGCUCCCACGGGGCCAACACCCCAACCCGCUGCGGGAGAAGAACAGGCAGGUGAACGUGCUGGUGCGGGAGGCCCUGGCCGGGCAGCCCCGGGCACACUUCCUGGACGCCGACCCCGGCUUCGUGCACUCGGACGGCACCAUCAGCCACCACGACAUGUACGACUACCUCCACCUGAGCCGCCUGGGCUACGCUCCCAUCUGUAAGGCCCUGCACGCCUUGCUCCUCAGCCUGCUGGGGGCAGACCAGGGCCGGCACCCCCAGCCCUGAGCCGCCCCCCGCCUCCCCCUCAACACGCCUCCCCGCUGCCUUCUCCCCAAUAAACUUCCUCUCCCAGAA